AUGGCGCCCAGUGCUGUGUCCCCAUCCCCCGUCCCACCUCAUGAGAUCAAACAGAAGUCGAUUUAUGGCGAUACGGCACCGGUGCAGUCAUUGCCCAACACCCCCAAGAAGAUCGCCAGUUACCGAGGGUAUGACCAUGUUGCAUGGUGGGUAGGAAAUGCCAAGCAAGCGGCAGCGUUCUAUGUCUCUCGGAUGGGCUUUGAGCGAAUUGCAUAUCGUGGACUCGAGACUGGUUCGAGAGUGGUCGCUUCUCAUGUUGUCCGCAACGGAGAAGUCGUUUUCGUCCUCACCUCGCCACUGCAUGGCCCCGAUUCGAAGGUGCCCUGGCUUUCGGAUGACGAUCGAACACUGCUAAAGGAGAUGCACGAUCACCUGACCACCCAUGGGGAUGCCGUCCGCGACGUUGCUUUUGAGGUUGACGACGUUGCUGCAGUAUAUGAUGCAGCUGUUGUAAAGGGCGCAUAUCCUGUUGCAGCACCCAGGACCACGAAUGAUGACUUUGGGUCAGCAAAAAUGGCGUCGAUCAAAACGUACGGUGAUACCAUUCAUACUCUGAUUGAGCGCCAAAAGUACCACGGAGCCUUUCUGCCGGGUUAUCGAGCGGUAAAAGAGGUCGAGAGAACCGCCAAGUAUCUUCCCUCAGUCGAUUUGGCCGUCAUUGACCACUGCGUGGGGAACCAAGAUUGGGACGAAAUGGAGGCGGUCUGCGAGUACUAUGAAAGAACACUCGGUUUUCAUAGAUUCUGGUCGGUGGACGACAAGGAUAUCUGCACCGACUAUUCCGCGUUGAAGUCGGUGGUGAUGGCUAGUCCUGACGAGAAGAUCAAAAUGCCAAUCAACGAACCAGCAAAGGGCCUCCGCAAAUCACAAAUAGAAGAGUAUGUCGACUUCUAUAACGGCGCCGGCGUCCAGCACAUUGCGCUGAGGACCGACGACAUCAUCACCACGGUGACCAACCUUAAAGAGCGAGGGAUUGAGUUCAUCACCGUUCCGGACACUUACUAUGAAACCAUGUCGAAGCGGCUGGAAAGCGCCGGCAUGAAGCUCAACGAAGACUUUGCUGCCCUACAAAAACUCGGAAUCCUAAUCGACUUCGACGAGGGCGGGUAUCUGCUGCAGCUCUUCACCAAGCACUUGAUGGACAGGCCGACCGUGUUCAUCGAGAUCAUCCAGAGGAACAACUUCUCCGGGUUCGGGGCGGGUAACUUCAAGGCCUUGUUCGAGGCCAUUGAGAGGGAGCAGAUGGCACGUGCAGUUUAA